GCCUUCGCGUAUCCGUCCCGCAGAGACGCGGUCGGGGCGCUGCGCUCAUAGGCGGCUCGUCCUGAGCAAGCGGCGGCCCUCCCGGUGUCUCCGUUAGCGGGACAGCCCCGCAUGGUGGGUCCGCUGGCGCGGGUGCAGGCUCUGGUGCAGGCUGACGGCUGGCGGGGGGAGCUGCUUCUCAGCACCCCAGGCUUGUUGCCGCGACAGCGUGCGGCGAGGGAGAGAGCAGUGAGCUAAGUACGUCGGAACCUGGCAUUGUGGACUCGGCCGCUAACUAGUGGUGUCACCACGGGCAAGUCGUCAGACUUACUCUUGCCAGCGUUCAUUUCGCAGUGAGGCCCUUGCAUUGGAUUAGAACAUCUUGCCGGGCCUCUCUGGCCCAGCCCUGGCAGACAGUUAGCUCUGCUAAGUUGCGAUUUUCUCAUCUCUUAGCAGAUGUGAGAACCUUAUGGUUUAGAGCCUAUUAGCCUCUAAAUGAUUUAUCACCACUUGUAAAACAGAUAAAACAGAGCCGUAUACAUUAGAGACUUCAGACUCCCUCUGAGCCCUUGAGGCCGGGGACAUUACUAUAGUCUUGUUUUAUCCAGUUUAUGUGAGCUAGUUCUGCGUGGCUUGAUGGAAAGUGUUAAUGUUUCAGUGCAUGAGUUUAAAGAUGUGGGCUUAUGUGCAGAAGUCGUUAGCCAGCCAUGGCAUUAAACGUUUAUUUUAGGUAUUAAAUUCUUUUGUAUUAACUUGAUCUGAAAGAUUGAUAUUGUAAACAUUUUUCUCCCGCAGUUCACGGCAUUAACACAAUGGAUGCGGUUUUUACCCUUAAAUGUUGAUGUAAGCUCUAGAGCUGUGAUAACCUGAGUAACUAUGAUGUCAGCUUUUCUGUUUUGAGUGUCUUGAAUAUUUCUUAAAGAUUAAUUACAGACCCCACGCUAUUCUAAUUGGAAAUGUGAAAAUCUAGACUUUGGGAGAAGUAAACCCCCAGAACUAACCUAGUUUAACCCUUUGGUUUCCACUUCAUUGUUUUGACUCUGUGUUAGAACAGAUUCGUUGAAAACGGAUCCUAGGUAGCUAACCAUGUAGCUUAACUAAUGCCACGCUUAAUGCCGGGGGCUGUCUUCGGCUCCUAGGAUCUUAGCUUCUGUUUCAUUUAAGUAUUGUAUUGUUCAGUCAUUAGUUUGGGCUUGGAUCUUUUAUUUCCGUAGAAAUCUGGUCCUGUAAGUACGCCCUGUGUUAACUGUUACAUUGCAGGGCACCUCGUGAUUUCGUAUAGCUCUGACUUCAGGUAAUGUAAGAACGCUGGAUAAUACGAAUAUGUAUUAUGCAAUUUGAGACGAUUCUCAAUGGAUUGCUUCCAAGUGAAGUUAUAUGUGCAUUUUCUUUAGCUGCGUUUAAAUCAAAAACUCAGAUCUUUAAUUUUAAUAACAAGCUUUGAUUAUGAAAUACAGUCAUAUAAAAUCAAUAAUUAGCUUGUCAUUUGUUGAAAUAAUAAUUAGAAAUUGACCUUUUUAAUAACUUAUUUUUCUAAACAAUAGUCUAAUUGAUCCUGAACAUUUUACUACUACAUAUUAGCUUUCUUCAUUUCAAUGACUAGCUUAAUGCUUUGAGCCAAUAAAUAUUUAUCUCUAUAUCCUUUUUUUAAUAGGUGUCUUUCUAAAAUAAGAACCUUUUAUUUACAGUUCUGUCCUUGGUUACAGGACCCUCGAGAGUCUCUUUCCCACCAAGUGUGACUGAGCCUGGCCUCGAGUGCCGGGCUGGUUUUCCUUCUCACUAUGAGAGCCACUCCCUCGAGACCCUGCACUGUGGUGAUCUCCCUUGCCUGAACUUCAGAUGUUUUUUUAGAAGAAAUAUUUAGCCUGAGCCACCUAGCCAAAAGCGAUUCUUUAAAUUCUCAGUCUUUGGCCUGGAGACAGAGCACAAAGAAUCAAUUGUAUAUGUGCUUAACUUAGUGGUUACUUAGUUUUAACAUCUGGAGAAAUCUCCAGUUUUGCUGGGAAGCUAAUUUGUAAAUUGCUUUUUGAUGUCUGUUCUGUACAUUUCUAUAGUUUAACACUUUUAGCCUACCUACAGGUGAUAGUUUGAGUCCCUCAAAUUAUGGUACUUCGAUCUGUCCUGCUUGUACUGCUCACACGGUACAGAAUAGUCCUAGCAAAUACAAUGCCGUUUUGUUUUGUUCUGUUUUGUGUCUUAAGAGGAUCGAGGGGCACAGUGUUGAUUUACUUACCUAAAGUGAUUUAUGUUUUUUCCAGUUCACAAUGGGCCAGAUUAUUAAUUCUUCAUAUUACAUGCUAUAAUGUGAACCUUUCCUUUUCCUGUGAAGAAAUCGAAAGCUGUCUCCUAUCAGUAUUUUGUCACACUUGGUGCCUGAGGAACGCCAGUGGCCUGACAGCAGCAGACAUUGCUCAAACCCAGGGUUUCCAAGAGUGCACCCAGUUUCUCUUGAACCUGCAGAACUGUCACCUGAGCCGUUUCUAUGAUAACGGCCCCAUAAACGGGGGCCAUCAGAGCCGAUUCCCUAAUCAUACUAGUGCGGGAGCCAAUCGCAAGAGAUGCUUGGAAGAUCCAGAGCCCUUUGGAGUGAAGAAGGCUCGAACCGAAGCUCGGAGCUCGGGUCCCUGCACGCUGCUGGGGAACAGCGACGCAGACGACGAAGCUGACAAAAUGCUGGUCGACAGAGAGCUCACGGCUGUCACAGGUGGGAGUGGACAGUUCCCUGUUAGCUGCGGCAGCAGCCCCAUGGUCGAAGACACCAGACAGCAGGAGGGUGGUUCUGUCGGACCCAGAGAAAUAGAAGUAUACACGGUCUCAGCGAUGCAAACGCCUUGUCGCUGCAGGAACCAGUAUAUGAAACACAGUAGCCCCGCAUCGGAUACAUUGGCAAAUGGAUGUGUCAUCAAUGGACAUUUGGACUUCCCCUCCACGACACAGCUCAAUGGGAUGGAGAGCGGGAGUGACCAGAGCUUAUCAGGAGCUAAUGGUUUUAGCAGUGGCAUAGUUCAAGGACGGCCUUUUCCGAGUAGCCAGGGUUCGCUUUGUGUCAAUGGGACCGAGGAACCGGAAAAGACCAUGAGCGCUAACGCCGAGAUGUGCGGCUCUCUGCACCUGAACGGGAGCCCGAGUAGCUGCGUGGCUAAUAGACCAUCCUGGGUGGAGGGCAUUGAGGAGAACCUGCACUACGGGCAUUACCAUGGGUUUGGGGACACCGCUGAAAGCAUCCCCGAGCUUAGUAGCGUGGCGGAGCACCCCAGCUCCGCGAAGGGGGCAGAGAGACACGGCGGUGCCGCCCUGGGGGCCAUGCACCUGUACCACGGCUCGUAGAGACCGGCAGCCUGACCGUGCGGACGCGCCCAUCCCUCCUAGUAGCCAACUACGAAUACUCAUGUAGCGCCCAUUUGAGGGAAUGUCACGACUUGUACUGGUUUUGUAUACUUCAGCUUUCUGACAAAGUCAGCUUGUGUUUGAGAAGUUCCUCGUGAGUCCUGUUGUAUGCACGAGGACGGCUGACUAAGCGCCCAGGUGUUUCCUCUGCAGGUUGGUGGGCCUCUUUCCGAGUCUAAUUUUUCGGCUGCCAGCCUCGGUGUUUUCCUUUGAACACCGUCACCGUAGAAUGCCGUCCUUCCAGACUGCUGGUCCACAGUCCUUUUGAAAAGCUUGCUUCUGCUCUAACCCGUAGAAUCUGUGACAGAAGACGGCUCGUUCCCUAUGCAAAGUACAGCCUUACAGAGAUUUCUUGAAAAAAAGAACAUUUGUCUUUUUCAAAGUCUUUUCAUUGAAACUUUGCAACUUGCCGUGUGGUGGGUCUUCCAGGCACGCGUGGUGGUUUGGGGGCGGAAGCGGCCCCUUUGUCAACAGCGUAGCUCCCUGCCCCGCGUUUCACUGAAAACACCUGCAGCCAGGACUGACUUCUGCCCUGUCGUGGUUUUAUCCCACAUGUCUUCUUUGUCUCUGCGGUUUGUACCACAGAUAACGGUUUCCUUUGUAUGUAGUGGAAAUUACUAUUUGUAAGAAUUGUCGGGUCAGGAUAUUUAAAACUGACUGUUUUGACUUAUAUUUUCUUUUUUCUUGGUUUUUUUUGGGGGGGGGAGGGAGUGGUUUCUGCUUUAAAAUGUAUACCACUAUGUGUAUCCCGUCUACUGAGAGAAUUUUGGAUCUCUCUUAAUAAAAGUGCACUAAGUUUAUGGUUUUAUAGAAAUUAGCUUUUGUUUAAGCAGCUAGUGGUCACACUGUGCAAAUAUUGUAAUGAAUUUUUACUUUUCUGAUUUUUGUAAUGAAAAUUGGUGAAGUUAGAGAAAAUGUUCAUUGAACAAGCCAAUGUCCUAAGAGUGUUACUAACAUCUUGUUUUUAAACUGUGCUUUACAGAUUGAAUAAAAAAACACACUUGA